CUCCGCAGCAACGGCAGCAGCUCCUCUGCUCCUCCGGGCUGCGGGUCACGUGACUCUCUCUCCAUCGCUCUGGACCUCCGUCUCUCUCUCUCGGUAUGGCGGAGAUGGAGCGCUUCACGGAUGGAGGAGCUUCUGCUGCCGUGUAACAGCCGCUCCUACUGCUCGCUGGAAGCGGGGAAGCUGCUGUAGUGUUUCUGGGGGGGGUGGAACCGCUCUGCUUUGACCGCCUCUCCGCUCAGGCAUGGCGGAGCGAGGCGUGGAGGUGUCCGCUCUGCCCGCGGAGGUCCGGGAGCAGCUCGCCGAGCUAGACCUGGAGCUGUCUGAGGGUGAUAUCACACAGAAAGGAUAUGAGAAGAAGAGGGCCAAGCUGCUCGCUCCCUACAUCAUCCAAACACAAAGCGAUUUUCCUCCACCUCCACAGUUUGACGGACAGGACCCUGGCCCAAGUACAGCUGCUGCACCUAGCAAUGCUUCCUCAAGCUCCUCCUCCUCUCGCCACCGCCGCACGCGCCGGCCACACCGCAGUGGCGGGACCAGGGAUGAACGCUACAGAUCAGAUAUCCACACUGAGGCUGUACAGGCUGCCUUGGCCAAACAUAAAGAGGAAAAGAUGGCUCUGCCUAUGCCAACUAAACGACGCUCAACAUAUGUGCAGUCACCCAUCGACAACUGCACUCCACCAGACUCUUCCUCAUCCUCCGAUGAUGAAGGUGGGGCGAGUGCUGGAAGCAAUGAGCAGCAGCAAUCUCCUGACUCAUGGAUGAACAGCUCCAUCCACGGCUCCUCCACCUCCUCAUCCUCUGCCUCAUCCACAAUGUCCCACGGCGAGUCACGCCCUCCGCAGGCCCCGCAGCCCCAGAGUCAGCAUCAGGUCCCCCCUCCACACCCCCCUCCACCCCACUCGCACUCUCAGCCCUCUGCCCUCGCCGAGGCCUUCGCUCAUGCUCGCAUCGUGACAAGAACAGGACGAGAGCCUCCAGCAAGUGCCCUUGGUGCUGAUGGUGCUGCACAGGCCCAGGCCCGCUCCAGGGGAUCACGUGUGGACCUGCCAUCCAACGUAGUGGUCAGAGGAAUGAGCCGCGGACAGAGCAGAUCCAGCAUGAUGGAGACUGCUGACGUGAGAAGAGUGGGGAAAGGUGUUCCAGUGUCCAGCCGUGUGUCCACGAAGAUCCAACAGCUGCUCAACACACUUAAAAGACCCAAGCGGCCCCCGCUCAGCGAAUUCUUUAUGGAUGACCAAGAAGAGAUUGUGGAAGUUCCUCGGCCAGAUCCUAACACGCCUAAGCCUGAGGGUCGGCAGAUAAUUCCAGUAAAAGGAGAGCCCCUGGGGGUGGUCAGUAAUUGGCCUCCUGCCCUCCAGGCUGCCUUGGCCCGAUGGGGAGCCACACAGGGCAAGAGCCCUGCCCUCACAGCUCUUGACAUUACAGGAAAACCACUCUACACACUCACAUAUGGGAAACUGUGGAGUCGUAGUGUUAAGCUGGCUUACACACUCCUCAACAAACUGGGAACCAAGAACGAACAGAUCCUCAAACCGGGAGACCGGGUGGCCCUGGUGUACCCCAACAGUGACCCGGGGAUGUUCUGGGUUGCGUUUUACGGCUGUUUGCUUGCUGAGGUCAUACCUGUGCCCAUAGAGGUGCCACUGUCUCGCAAGGACGCAGGCAGUAGUCAGGUUGGCUUCUUGUUGGGCAGCUGUGGGGUUGGUCUUGCCCUGACCAGUGAGAUUUGUCUGAAGGGCUUACCGAAAACCCCCACCGGAGAAAUACUGCAGUUCAAAGGCUGGCCAAGAUUAAAAUGGGUCAUUACUGACUCCAAAUACCUCACAAAACCUUCAAAAGACUGGCAGCCACACAUCCCAACAGCUAACACGGACACUGCAUAUAUAGAGUAUAAGGCGAGUAAGGAGGGAACAGUCAUGGGGGUUGCUGUGUCAAAGGUUGCCAUGCUAACACACUGUCAAGCCCUCACACAAGCCUGUAACUACUGUGAGGGUGAAACGCUGGUGAAUGUUCUGGACUUUAAGAAGGAUAUGGGUCUAUGGCAUGGAGUUCUUACAAGUGUGAUGAACAGGAUUCACACCAUCAGCGUUCCGUAUGCAGUAAUGAAGGCUUGCCCUCUGUCCUGGGUCCAGCGGGUUCACAUACACAAAGCUCGUGUUGCCUUGGUGAAGUGUCGGGACCUGCACUGGGCCAUGAUGUCGCACAGAGAGCAGAGGGACAUUAGCCUGGCCUCCCUGCGCAUGCUGAUUGUCGCCGAUGGAGCCAAUCCUUGGUCUGUGUCAUCAUGUGAUGCAUUUUUGAACGUGUUCCAAGCUCACGGUCUGAAGCCUGAGGUCAUCUGUCCAUGUGCUACCUCACCUGAGGCCAUGACUGUGGCCAUACGCAGGCCUGGAGUUCCUGGUGCUCCUCUCCCAGCCCGGGCCAUCCUCUCUAUGACUGGCCUGAGUCACGGAGUCAUCAGGGUGAACACAGAGGACAAAAACUCUGCCCUUACUGUUCAGGACGUGGGCCACGUAAUGCCAGGAGCUUUGAUGUGCAUUGUAAAACCGGAUGGGCCACCCAUGCUGUGUAAGACUGAUGAGAUAGGAGAGAUUGUGGUGAACUCUCGUGCCGGGGGAAACAUGUACUAUGGCCUGUCUGGAGUCACCAAGAACACCUUUGAGGUUAUUCCAGUUAACGCUAGUGGUGCACCUAUCGGAGAAAUUCCGUUUGUCCGCUCAGGGCUGCUGGGAUUUGUAGGACCGGGCAGCCUGAUAUUCGUGGUGGGGAAGAAUGAGGGUCUGCUGACAGUCAGUGGUCGUCGCCACAAUGCUGAUGACCUGGUGGCUACAGCUCUAGCAGUGGAGCCAGUCAAAACUGUGUACAGGGGCAGGAUUGCUGUGUUCUCAGUGACUGUGUUCUAUGAUGAGCGAAUAGUAAUAGUGGCGGAGCAGCGGCCUGAUGCCAGUGAGGAGGACAGCUUUCAGUGGAUGAGUCGAGUACUGCAGGCCAUAGACAGCAUUCACCAGGUGGGCUUGUAUUGCCUGGCAUUGGUCCCUGCCAACACUCUGCCUAAAACUCCUCUGGGGGGCAUUCACAUCUCUGAGACUAAACAGCUCUUCCUGGAGGGCUCGCUGCACCCCUGUAACAUCCUAAUGUGCCCCCACACAUGUGUCACCAACAUGCCCAAACCACGGCAGAAACAACCAGUUGGGGUGGGUCCUGCCUCUAUCAUGGUGGGUAAUCUAGUUGCUGGGAAGAGAAUUGCUCAGGCAGCAGGCAGAGAUCUGGGAAUGAUAGAAGAUCAAGACCUCGUCCGAAAGCUGUGUAUGUGGCCUACUAUGAUGCAUCAGUUCCUCACAGAGGCUUUGCAGUGGAGAGCACAAACAGACCCUGAUCAUGUGCUCUAUGUGCUACUAAAUGCAAAGGGUGUGGCAGUGUGUACGGCUACAUGCGUGCAGCUUCACAAAAGGGCAGAAAAGAUUGCGGCUGCUCUCAUGGAGAGAAGUGGCAUCAACACUGGAGAGAAUGUUGUGUUGUUAUACCCACCAGGCAUAGAUCUGAUUGCUGCAUUUUAUGGCUGUUUGUACGCUGGUUGUAUUCCUGUCACCGUGAGACCACCACACCCACAGAACCUCUCUGCCACACUACCCACGGUCCGCAUGAUCAUUGACGUCAGUAAGGCUGCCUGCAUCCUCACUACUCAGGUUCUAAUGAAGAUCCUCAGAUCAAAAGAGGCAGCUGUUUCUGUCAACAUAAAAACAUGGCCCAUCAUAAUUGACACAGAUGACCUUCCACGCAAGCGUCCGCCCACCAUCUACAAGCCUCCCUCUGCCGAGAUGAUCGCCUACCUAGACUUCAGUGUCUCCACCACAGGCAUGCUCACAGGAGUCAAGAUUUCCCACGCAGCAGUGAGUGCUCUGUGUCGCUCCAUAAAGCUGCAGUGUGAGCUCUACUCCUCGCGCCAGAUCGCCAUCUGCCUCGACCCUUACUGUGGACUCGGUUUCGUGCUCUGGUGCCUUGCGAGUGUAUACUCAGGUCAUCAGUCGAUCCUGAUUCCUCCUCUGGAGCUGGAGAGCUCAUUGUCUCUGUGGCUGAGCACACUCAGUCAGUACCGCAUCAGAGACACCUUCUGUUCCUACUCUGUAAUGGAGCUCUGCACUAAAGGCCUCGGAGGACAGACUGAAAUACUGAAGACUCGGGGAUUAAACCUGGCAUGUGUGAGGAGUUGUGUGGUAGUAGCUGAGGAGCGUCCACGUCUGGCUCUCACACAGUCCUUCUCCAAACUUUUCAAAGAUCUGGGACUUUCCUCGCGAGCAGUCAGCACCGCUUUUGGAUCUAGAGUAAACUUGGCCAUCUGUCUCCAGGGUACCACUGGACCAGACCCCUCUACUGUGUAUGUAGACAUGAAGUCCCUCCGACAUGAUAGGGUAAGAUUGGUAGAAAGAGGAGCACCUCAGUCUCUUCCUCUGAUGGAGUCUGGGACAAUCCUUCCUGGGGUGAGGGUAAUAAUAGUAAAUCCAGAGACCAGAGGACCACUAGGCGAUUCUCACCUGGGAGAGAUUUGGGUGCACAGUCCACACACAGCAACGGGUUACUACACCAUCUACGGAGAGGAGAGCCUGCAGGCCGACCACUUCAACACUAAACUUAGCUUUGGAGAUCCUCAGACACUCUGGGCUAGGACUGGAUACCUGGGCUUCGUUAAAAGGACUGAACUCACUGACUCUAGUGGAGAUCGCCAUGAUGCUUUGUUUGUGGUGGGAUCUCUGGAUGAAACCCUAGAGCUAAGAGGUCUGCGCUACCACCCUAUUGAUAUAGAAACCAGCGUAUGCCGGGCUCACCGAGGCAUUGGUGAAAGUGCUGUGUUCACCUGGACCAAUCUUCUGGUGGUGGUGUCUGAGCUGUGUGGAUCAGAGCAGGAUGCUUUGGACCUGGUCCCUCUGAUAACUAACGUGGUAUUGGAGGAGCAUCACCUGAUCGUGGGCGUGGUGGUGAUUGUUGAUCCUGGGGUCAUCCCCAUCAACUCUCGAGGGGAGAAGCAGAGGAUGCACCUGAGAGACUCCUUCCUUGCUGAUCAGUUAGACCCUAUAUAUGUGGCCUACAACAUGUGAGUUGGGCCAGAUUGUUGAAGAGUAGCCUGGAGAAGAUCUGCUGAUCUACAUAGAGACUGAGGCGCUUGCCGUAUGACACAUAUGCUGUGUUUGAGUCUUCAUGGUGUGUGGCUGAAGACUUUGUUCUUUACCACCGGGCAGAGGACCAAGUAUAAGUAAAAAGGGGUAGGAGAGGGUCAAUAUAAUCUUUUUAUUUCUUUGGAAGCUACAAUUCUUUAUUCUCCUAAUUUCAGCAUUCCCUGUCACAAUGUCAUUUUAAUAAUCACUUUAUUUUUAUCCCCCUUCACCCCCUUCCAAGUUUAAGCACUUUUUAAGAAGGGUCAAUUUAGAGUUUGGUUUUCUGGCACACGUUUUAAGUGAUCUAGUAAGUGACGGUACUCAAGAUCUCCUGGAUUUAUUGACCUUUUGCCUUUUAUCUUUUAGUUAAAACACACUACCAUUCCAUGUCAAAUAAUGUAUUAACAUUUAUUUCUGCAAACACUGAAUAGUUCUUGAAUUCAUUUAAGCAUUCUAUCCACCACAGCCAAAAUACAGUUUUUCUUUUGUAUUACAUUUUUAAUUAUGUUUUAUAAUAUCUUAUUAUUUCUCAUAAAUUAUUUAAACUUGAAGUGGUUCAUUGAGCUGAAUUUAAAGCACAGAAUUUUGUUACAAACACUGAACUAAAAUAUACUUUUCUUUAGAACAGCAUUAGGUCUGAUGUGUGGAACUGCAAUUCACUGACUUUGCUAUUUCAUAUGCAUUUUCUUUACAUUUCCAUGUUUUUUAGUGCAGUUUUCAAGGGGAUCCCAAAUGUAAGUGUAGGGUCUAGUAAUAUGUGAAUAGAUGAAGUUGAUGAAUAAGUAGUGUUGCAGGCUCUUCCUAAGAUAUGUAAGAAUGUGUAAGGUUUUUUUUUUUGGUCAGAAAUCUUUUGUCAUAUACUUGGUGGUGUCAUAUAAUGAAAUGAAUGGAAGAUGAGAAUGGAUGUGUUUCUUGUUACUUUAAAACUGAACAAAUGUCAAAAGAAAGGAACCAAAAUAAUAUAUAUUUACAGCACUUUCCAGCCCUCUCCAACACACUGCUUCAGCAUUAGGACACGGUGUAUUUUUCUUUCCUUCUUUCUUGACCCAUUUAUGCACUUUAUGAAAGGCAUGAGGACUAUUAACACUUAUCAAAUCAAAAGGGCAUUUUUUGUCUCAAUACUGUAAUAUUUUCUAAAUAAACCAGACUCAUAAUGUAUCAUACAUCAUUUAGAUACUGACACACUGGCAUUAGUGACAAGUUUUUGCAUGUGCAGCUGUUGUACAUGCAGAUUAAUAUAUACACUCCCUGAUGAUACAAGUUUGGACACACCUCUGUGUGUGGGUAUGUAUGUAUAUAUGUAUAUACACAUAUUGACAAUGACCAACAACCCAAAUAAUUAAUACCUGCUCUGUGGUGUUCUUUUGGAAUCCUAUUCAGUGACAAACAGGGUUAAAUGAGAAUAAUAAAGUAUGCAGAGAAACAAAAGGACUACAGUCUGUAAUUAAAUACUGGCAAUGAGGUGGUCUUAAUGUUGUGGCUGAUUGGUCUUACCUGUAGGCAUAAACCUGUAGAUCAGAAUGUCUAAUAAGGUGUGUCCAAACUUUUGCUACUGGGUAAAAAAAAAGAAUUGCAUACAUAUUUAAGACAAUGUAUUGCUUUUACCUCCAGAGGAAUAAGAACAUUUCAUCUUUUCUGAUCACACAACCACACACACACACACACAGACUUACCAAAUAACCCACAGCCAAACGUCACAGCCAUGUCCUCUGGGACAUUCUGCUCCUUCUCUUCUCUGAUCUUAAGGUGCUUAGGAACAUCAGGACAAACUUUUCUGACUUCUAACUGGCAGGAAUGAAACCAGGAAUCUGUACAUGUAACCACUACUACUGUAAAAUAGCAAACUGUACAAAGGCGGAGAUUUUACAUGUUCAAGCAGCAUUUCUGAAGAACAGUGGACACUUUCUGUACUGUACAGGGAUUUGUAGUGGGAAAAGUUCAGAAAAUCCCACACGGAUAAAAGACACCUGUAAACUAUAGAUUUGUGUACAGAUAAAGCUAUGUACUGUACUGUAAUGUCCUUUGCUGUUCUUUGUCAUAUUCUUGGUUUAAUAUGAGUGUGUAAAACUGCUGUCAGACAUGAUUUUGAAGCAACCUCAGCUGGUUGAAUGCACAUUUGAAGGUAUAACUGAGUCCUUGUAAAUAAGCUCGCUGUUUCUUUUUAUUCUUUCACAUUUUGUGGGGCCUGUGUUCAGUUUAUUUGCGUUCUGUUCCAACUUCUUUUGAUGUUUAAGAGCAGAAACUUUACGAUAUUUUCAGUCUUUGCUUUGUGAGCAUGAAAACAUGAAGCCAAGCACUGUGGGACAUGGAGAGAAACUAUGUUGUAAUAAUUCAUCCUUGUAGAUCUGAACCACCAGGAUAUUGUUCAAACCUUAUUUACUAUGGGGUGUGUGUCGGGGGCGGGUGGUGAAUGCGAGUGAGCAUGCGCGUGUGUGUGUGCACGUAUGUGUGGAUGUUUAUAGAUUCAUGUGUAUCAUUUUUUUGGUUGUAAAGGAUUGACAUUAACAUGUCUGUGUGUACACAGCUGAAUGGCGUUACUUCAUAAUGAUGCUUUUCACUGUUUCUUUCCCCCCCCAAAUUAGUUACAAGAUUAUGAAGGUAUUGUUUAGUCAUUAUUCCCUUAGUGUGGUGGAAUGUUUGGUUUUGGGUUCAAGCACAAACCCGAGGGGGAGCUUUAUGAGGAAAUAUUCAGGGAAACACCGCUUUCUAAAAGGAAUGGGAUUUACUGUACAUUCACUAAAAUACUAAGACUGCAGUAAACAUUGAUGUAUGAGAAUAAACUCUCUGCUUGUCUUCUGGAUGCUAAAUAGCGGCUGCCUGCUGUGAAGAAGAAAAAGGAUCAAGUGGGAAUGGACUUGGUGCAAAGCCAGGUGGAGGGGCUGUGUCUGAAACGCAUUUCUCACUAUGCAAGCAGGUGUUCCACAGUCACAUCCCAUAUUAUACACACAUACACACACACACACUCUUAACACUCGCACCACAGCCUGACAGAAACACUCAAGAGGGAAAAACACUUAUUUGGAAAGCAGGUCUAAGAUAGAUUGGGAGCGUUCAUAAUCAUGACCAGAGAGUGCACUCAUCUCUUAUGUUGAUAUGUAUUAUUUUUUGGUACAUUUCAAUUAAUAAUAAUUACAGUAAUAAUGACUGUCAUAUUAUAACUACAAAGGGGUUCAUUUUGUGAUACUUUAACAUCAUGUACGAAUAUUAAUGAACGUCAUGAUUAUGCAACCCUAGCCCACCAUUAACGUUCACCUGUUUGAUUUUGUACAUUGGUUAAUUACUGUUUUAUAUUUAAAUGGCAAAAAGAAUAAAAGGCUUUUAUUUUGCAGCA